AAAAUAAACAAACAUGUCUUCUCGCGUCAUUAGCUCUUUGAUGGCUGAGAGUUUUUUGCUCUCAAAAACCGUUAAAUAUAUUUCCGGCUAUUCGCCCAUAACUGUAUUCCUAGUCGCUGCCAUUUUAAUUAUUACCGUGGUCUAUAAUCGGCGCCGCGCCCGUUUGGUGCGUCUCAUUGAAAAAAUACCCGGACCAAAAGCAAUGCCCCUGCUGGGUAAUGCCGUGGAGAUGAGUGUCGAUCAUGAUGAAUUAUUUUCCCGCCUUACUGGUUCGCAACGUAUGUGGGGUACGCGCAUUGGCAUGAAUAAAGCCUGGCAGGGCCAGACACCAUAUGUUAUGUUAUUCGAUCCUGAAACUGUUGAGCCCAUUCUCAACAGUCAAAAGUUCAUUGACAAAAGUGGUGAUUAUGAAUAUUUGCAACCCUGGUUGGGCACUGGUCUCUUGACAAGUUUCGGUCGUAAAUGGCAUUCCAGAAGAAAGAUUUUGACACCCGCUUUCCAUUUCAAAAUCUUGGAUGAUUUCAUUGAUGUUUUCAAUGAGCAAAGUGCCAUCUUGACACGUAAAUUGGAGCGUGAAUUGGACAGCGAGUCAUUUAAUAUUUUCCCCUAUGUGACAUUGUGUACCCUGGAUAUUGUGUGUGAAACCGCUAUGGGUCGCAGCAUUUAUGCCCAAAGUAAUAGUGAAUCGGAUUAUGUUAAGGCUGUUUAUGGCAUUGGUGAAAUUGUACAAAGCCGUCAAUCGAAAUUGUGGCUCCAUCCUGACUUCAUUUUCCGUAUGACUGCCGAUGCUAAACGUCACGCCAGCUACAUUAAUACCCUUCAUGGCUUCUCGAACAAGGUGAUUCGUGAACGUAAAGCGGAAUUGCGUGAAAAUAUGAACAACAACAAUUAUGACAGUGUGUCCGAUGCUUACGAUGAUUUGGGUAAAAAGAAACGUUUGGCUUUCUUGGAUUUGCUAAUUGAAUAUUCGCAAGAGGGUACCAAAUUGAGUAAUUCCGAUAUUCGCGAAGAAGUGGACACGUUUAUGUUUGAAGGACACGAUACCACAUCGGCUGCCAUUUCAUGGACCCUCUUCUUGUUGGGUUCACAUCCAGAAUAUCAGGAACGUGUUGUUGAAGAAUUAGAAUCGAUAUUUGGUGAUGAUCGUGAGACUCCAGCCACCAUGAAAAAUCUUAUGGAUAUGCGUUAUUUGGAAUGUUGUAUUAAGGAUGCUCUGCGUUUGUUCCCCUCCGUGCCAAUGAUGGGUCGGUCCAUUAAUGAAGAUGUGCAAAUUGGUGACUACACCGUACCAGCCGGAACCACUGCCAUCAUUAUGACUUAUAUGCUGCAUCGCAACCCCCGCGUCUUCCCCAAACCUGAACAAUUUAAUCCCGACAACUUCUUGCCCGAGAACUGUGCCGGCCGCCAUCCCUUCGCCUAUAUACCCUUCAGUGCCGGUCCCCGUAAUUGUAUUGGUCAAAAGUUUGCCAUUCUCGAAGAGAAGGCUGUCAUCUCCACAGUAUUGCGUAACUACAAAAUUGAGGCCGUUGAUCGUCGUGAAGACUUGACCUUGUUGGGUGAAUUGAUUUUGAGACCCAAGGAUGGUUUGCGUGUAAAAAUCACCCGCCGUGAAUGAACGAAC